GGUCGACUUCCAGAAACAAAGAGCCGCCGACCAUCUCAGGGUACGGUCAGAGAUACUUGCAACUUUCCAAAUCCCUGCCGUGGCUCCUCCUCCGCUACCCCUUGUCCGGCUGGGAGAGGUCAGAGGAGCAGGACGUAAGGGUUAACCGCGAGUUGAAACUUGUUUGCGGUGCAGCUUCACCCAGCCCGCAGUUUGCUUUUGAUGUUUGCACAAGUUCCGCAAUCUCUAGCGACCUGCGGGGUCAGCAUCACAACCACGGACCCGUCGACUUGUCAGCUGUCUCCGCGCUCAUUCUGAUUCAGGGAACUCUUCACCGUUUAACUUCAAACUUCACGGCUGGAGUGAGAUUGAACCACGUUCACAGGAUGAAGUUCUUCUGUGUGCUGCUCUGUGCUGUGUUGGUCAUGGCUGCCCUGCCCUCUACUGCCAAUGAAGACAGGUUGUCCCACUGCAACAUCAAACUGAGGGACAUCCCGGGUCAACCCAUGUGUGUGUACCGGACUCCGGACAAGGCCGCCCAGCCGACUGAGACACGGCAGAAGGCCGGCCCGCAAAACGCCAAGAAGCCUCCGGGCAACACAAACCCUCGGGUCUGGGAGCUGUCUCGGGCCAACAGCAAGUUUGCCUUUGAGUUUUAUAAACGCCUUGCCAACUCGAAGAGCAAUGGCGAAAACAUCUUCAUGUCGCCACUCAGUAUCUCCACCGCCUUCGCCAUGACUAAGCUGGGCGCCUGCGGCGAUACUCUACAGCAGCUGAUGGAGGUCUUUAGAUUUGACACCAUCACAGAAAAGACCUCGGACCAAGUGCACUACUUCUUUGCCAAACUUAACUGCCGGCUUUACCGCAAAGCCAACAAGUCGUCGGAACUGGUGUCUGCCAACCGCCUCUUCGGGGACAAGUCGCUGACCUACAACAGAACCUUCCAGAACAUCAGUGAGGCAGUGUACAACGCAAAGCUGAUACCUGUCAACUUCAGGGAGAAGCCCAAGAUUGCCAGGAACUUCAUUAACGCUUGGGUGGCCAAUAAGACUGAAGGUCUUAUCAAGGGCGUCAUCCCUCCAGAUGCAAUAACUCCCUUCACCACCUUGGUCAUCAUCAAUUCCAUCUAUUUUAAGGGCCUGUGGAAAUCCAUGUUUGAGAUGGACAUGACUUCGCAGAGGCCCUUUGAGAAGGCAGCUAACAGCCAGUGCCAGGUCCCGAUGAUGCGGCAACAGGGUUCCUUCCGUUAUGCCAAGUUCCCAGCAGACAAAAUGAAGAUGAUUGAGCUCCCGUACAAAGGCGACGAUGUGUCCAUGGUCCUGUUGCUGCCCAUGGCAGGAGGCAACCUGCAGGAGAUCGAGAGCCGGUUGACCCACGAGAAGGUGGUGAGUUGGCUCAGCAGGCUGAGCACAGUGGAGGUGGAGCUCUCCCUGCCCCGCUUCCAAAUCGAGGACACCUUCAGUCUGACCAACAUGCUGAAGCAGAUGGGCCUGGUGGACCUGUUCAACGCAGAGAAGGCCAGUCUUCCAGGAAUAGUUGAAGGAAUGCACACUGAUCUUUACGUCUCUGAUGCAUUUCACAAAGCCUUCUUGGAGGUAAACGAGGAGGGCAGCAAAGCUGCAUCAGCUACGGCCGUGAUGUUAAUGGGGCGUUCGUUGCGGCCAAACCUGGAGAUCUUCAAUGCCAACCGGCCCUUCAUCCUGCUGAUUCGGGAAGUCGGCAUCAACGCUAUCAUCUUCAUAGGGAGAGUAUCUGACCCCUGCAGUCCUCCACAGCAACGAGGGGAGUGAAUGCCUCUGUUGUUAUGCCAAUAACACAAAAUUAAUCAUGUGCUUACGGGGUUGUUAUCUUAUUAAAAGAAAUUAA